GUUUGGCAGACGUUGAACAUUGAUGAAGAUGUUUCUGCCAAGGCGGCGAAAACUGACGGCCGAACUUCAGCACUGGAGUUCCUUCGCAAGACGAUCAGUGAGGUUUUUGCAGCUUUAGGCAAAACCAAUGAAGAGGCAGGUACCGUUGCAGAGACACUUGAGGCUGCUAUUUUUGACAUCACAACGAAUGGAGAAGUUUCGAAGCGAAAGUAUCAAGCAGAGGUUCAAAGGUUGUGUGCAGCCUUCCGGCAGGAGACUUUCGACAAUGCAAAGUGGUUGCAGGAUGUUCUCACAAAUGGACGGAGGGCAGCUGUUGAGUUGGUUGAGCUUCCACCUGAGGAGCUUCUUCUACAUUCAAAGCGGGCUCGUUUGGCAGAAUUGAGGCAAAUGCCACCUCAGGAAAGUGGUGAAGCAGUCAACCAGUUUACCGAAGUAGAUGAACGGCUCGAGUGUGUUGAUUGUGGUUGCAGUGGUGAAAUCAGAUUUCGAAGAUUGGCAAGCAGCAGAGAAGGCUUCAACAAG